AUGCCUACUCGACAGCUUAUCGAGCAAUCUGUGCCGUCCACUGAUGAUCCCCAAAGAGUUCUUGCUAGCUUCAAAUUAUCCCACCACCAUGGACAUGCACCACAAAUAUCCAUCUUGACAGGCAAUACCAUAAGAAGUACGCAACCUCGACAUCGAAGUUAUAUGUUGGAAGGAUUUGCGGAUUUUAAUAUGGUGUGCGAUUAUACUCCUUCUCUCCAUGUGCGCCUCAUGAUUCUGCUGCUUAAGGGGGAUUUCUUCCGACACUUGUGGGUUGUUUGGAUCCGAAUGAAGACGCCGCUUCCUUCGUGUGCAAGAGAAGGAUUUGAUUCAGGGACGAUGCGACCAUCAUAA